AUUCGCACGCGCCCACCACAUCACCUUGCGAGAGUUCCUUGUAUCCGCCCUCACGAAAACGUUUCACAAUGGCAGAGACCUCCGUUCCACCACCACCCCCGAGCACUGUCUCGCGGCCAGUCAGUGAGGCACUUUUGAACGAGAAGUGGGACCGAUGCCUGUCCAACCUCCUGAUAAAAUCUACCCUCGGCCUCGGCUUUGGCGUCGUCUUCUCGGUCCUGCUGUUCAAGCGGAGGUCGUGGCCAGCCAUUGUCGGCUUGGGAUUCGGCGCGGGACGGGCGUACGAAGAGUGUAACUACAGCCUCAAGCAGGCCGCUCGGGACAUCAGAAAGCACGCGUGAGCGGGGAAAGCAUACGAGAGAGAAAGAGAGAAGGGGAGAGGGGGGGCGGGGAGGGGCAAGCAUGCAGACGAGACCCAGACCCGACCGCACAUAACACCACCUCACACACUUCACGCAAGAAUUGUACAACAAAAGCAAUCUAGAGAGGAUCCCGAAGGGUACGCAGGCGAUAGGAAGAAGGAGGAUGGCAGCCUUAGGUGCGGGCCAGCGGACGUAGACAUUAUAGGUAUAAACAGAAGAGCUAUUGACGUCUAUCUGGGGGAAGAAAGGGGCCUCCGUCCACCUUCGUGCCCGGAAAAGCACAUUGUUUACAGUGUUCCAGAAAAGCAGACAAUGCGCAGC